UCCUCUAUAUAAAUACAAGAUCCCAAUUUGUUCCCAUUCUCUCUCGUCUGUAAUUUUCCGAUUUUUAGGAUUGUCGUAACGUGAAACCCGGAGCUGUUGUAUCCGAAACAUUCCCUUUUCGGUAAAUUUCGAAUAUAUCGCCCGGCAUUUCGUCUCCCGGCCAAGAAUAUCGGUCCGAAGAUUGUAGUUUCUACAUUGAGAGAGAAUUUGGUGAUCUGGGUUGACUUCACACUGCCAAAAGUGAAGCGAUUUUGAUUUUCGCAAGAUUUCGGGUUCACUCGGUUUGGAGCUACGGAAAGUUGAGUGAAGAGGUUCCAGUUUCAUUUUUCACGUUUAUUCGGUUCCUUUCUCUGGAGAUUGAAAUGUUUGGUUCUUCCCGUGCCGGGUUUUCAAGAUGAGGUGUUGAUCUAGUUGGAAAACAGAGUGGCCUAUAUUGAAUGAAGGCAUUGAAGCAGAGCAGUUGAAAGAGAGAGAAAGAGAGAGAGUUUGAGACUGAGAAUAGUGGCAGCUAAGCUAAGGGACUAGCGACUAGGAGGAGAGAGAGAGAGAGAGAGAGAGAGAGAGAGAGAGAGAGAAGCAGCUUAAAGCGACAAGAGCAGAGAAAAAAAAAGAGCAAGGGUUGAGGGUUUGCUUGGGUAAGUCGUUUUCGAAUAAUAAUGAUACAAAUUUUCAAUUUAAUAUUGAUCUCAUCUGAUUCUUCUUCUUUUCAGUUGUUUUCUUUGUCUCUCUGUCUUCUCAACCACCGCUUUCAUACCCCAACACUCCCUUCCCCACCCCCCCAAAUUUUUUUUUUUUUUUUUUUAAUUUUUGUUGAAAAAAAAAAAGAUAAAAAAAAAAAGAGAAAGAAACAGAGUGCCACUCUCUCUCUCUCUCUCUCUCUCUCUCUGUCUCUCUCCAAGUCUAGUUCUUGAGCAAAAAUAAUGCAAUUUUGGCAUUUGCUUAUUUAUUUAUUUAUUUAAUUAAAGCGACGCACAUCCUCGAGUUGGCCUCCUAAUAAGACCACUUUCAAAGUUUCAAAUGCCACUUCCCAAUUUUCUUUUUGGGUUCUUUCAAUUAUUGACUCAUUAUAUUUUACGCAUUUUCCUGGUCUUCUCUGAUCCCGAGUUCUUUUUUCCUUUUUCACUUUUUUUUUUUCUUCUUUCCCUCUCUUACUUUGGACCCAUUUGUUUCCCGGGAAAAUCAUCAAAAGAAAAACCCACAAUCCUUCCAUUUCACAUUUGCUGUAUUGGUGGUAUUUUUUUUCUUUGCAUUUUCUCUGUCACCAAACAAGUUGGCGGGCAGUGUUUUUUUUAAUUUUUAGGGUGUUUUGUUUUGUGGAUUGGGGCCCCUUCUUCAUCCAAGGAUGUUUUGUUUUGUGAACUUCCAUUUUGCCAUCCAAGGGAAUGUUCUAUUUUCCAAUGAAUUGUCCAAAUUACCCCUUAAAAAUUCCUCCCUCCUAGGGCGUUUUCGUAAUUAGGAACACCCCCCUCUUAAACAAAGAUAACUUUCUUAUCCAUCCAUGAAAACAAAAAGAGGGGUAAAGAGGGUAAAGAAGAAAGGGAGAAGAAGAUGUUUACGUGCAUAGCAUGUACGAAGCAGACGGACGAUGGUGGAGAGGAAGGAGGAGCGCGUGGCAGUGGCACCCCAAGUACAAAAGAAGCCGUCAAAAGCCUGACGGCGCAGAUCAAAGAUAUGGCACUGAAAUUCUCUGGUGCUUACAAGCAAUGCAAACCAUGCACAGGGUCGAGUAAUUAUAAGAAAGGAACACCGAGACCUUACCCGGAUUUUGAUACUGCUUCAGAAGGGAUUCCAUACCCCUAUGCUGCAAGCUCAAGUUCUACACCAGCUUGGGACUUCACCUCUAAUCAUCAGUUGGGUGCAAGAUCAGACUCAAGAUUUACCAGAGCAUAUGGUGGGGGUGAUCGGACCCCGGGAGGUGCAUCCUAUGCUCAGUCUUGUGAUGUAGUUUUGGAUGAGGAUGAGCCUAAGGAGUGGAUGGCACAAGUGGAACCCGGCGUACACAUCACUUUCGUAUCUCUUCCUAAUGGGGGAAAUGAUCUCAAACGAAUUCGUUUCAGCCGAGAGAUGUUUAACAAAUGGCAAGCUCAGCGAUGGUGGGGUGAGAAUUAUGACCGCAUCAUGGAGCUCUACAAUGUUCAGAGAUUCAACCGGCAAGCUCUGCACACUCCUCCAAGGUCUGAAGAUGAGCAGCAGAGAGAUUCUUCUUAUUCAAGGAUGGGAUCUGCUAUGGAAAGCCCUAUGGCUCCAUCAAACAAGGAUUGGACACCAAGGAACCAGUAUAAACCCUCUGGAGCUGGAAGUAGAGGCUAUUUCCCAUCCGAUUCUUUUGAUCAUGGUGGUGGUGGUCACCACUAUAAUGCUGGUGGUUCUAGUGCUUAUGGAGCAGGCGGGCACAAGGGAGAGGCGUCAUCUUUCGAUGCUUCACGGACAACAACCUCCUCUAGAGAUGAAGCUUCAAUCUCAAUCAGCAAUGCUAGUGAUGUCGAGUCAGAAUGGGUUGAGGAAGAUGAGCCUGGGGUAUAUAUAACCAUAAGGCAGCUAGCUGAUGGCACUCGGGAACUUCGCCGUGUCCGAUUCAGCCGCGAAAGGUUCGGGGAGAUGAACGCAAAGUCGUGGUGGGAAGAAAACAGAGAGAGAAUACAAGCUCAAUACCUUUAAAUUUUAACAUUACAAACACAACCAACAUUUCUGAUGGAUGAUGAUAUGAAAGAGUUCAAGGUGCAUCUGGAUGUCCCAAAAGGCUGAAAAAUGAAAGAUUUCAGUGAAGUCUCUCCACAGGAAAUUGGUGUUGCCACCACUAUUAUAUGAUCUAACAGUUCAAAUAACUUAUUUUUUUAUUUUUCCUAUCAUAUAUAGUGAUGAUGGCUCAUGGGGUGGUGCUUCAUUUCCUGUCGGGGCUCAUUUACAUGGGAUAUCUAGAUGUGUCAAGUUUUGCCUUCAUUGGUGUCUUUGGGUCUUCUUUUCCCUUUAUGACUAUUAGUUUUUGGGAUUAUGGGAUUACGCGGCUCUCAUUUGAGUUUCUUCUUUGUAACACAUAUAGUUUGAGAAAUGGAAUUUAAUUUAUUUGCGGUUUA